AUGAAAAACUCGAAGAUUUUUCUGAUCACGCUGAUUUUAGCCCUAAUUUUGGGAUUUGGCUCUUACGAUUCGAAUGCCAGAUCUCUGGGGAUGAAGAAAGAGGAGGCGCAAAGCGCCGGGAAAUCAUCUCUACAGGGGGAGAAACGCAGCGGACCGUCGACACCGAAAGAGCCGCCGCGCAGCGUAGAUUGGGAGAAGCGGAGCGGACCGUCGACACCGAAAGAGCCGCCGAGCAGUGUAGAUUGGGGGAAGCGGAGCGGACCGUCGACACCUAAGGAACCGCCGAGCAGUGUAGAAUGGGAGAAGCGGAGUGGACCGUCGACACCGAAAGAGCCGCCGAGCAGUGUAGAUUGGGAGAAGCGGAGCGGACCGUCGACACCUAAGGAACCGCCGAGCAGUGUAGAAUGGGAGAAGCGUAGUGGACCGUCGACACCGAAAGAGCCGCCGAGCAGCGUAGAUUGGGAGAAGCGGAGCGGACCGUCGACACCUAAGGAACCGCCGAGCAGUGUAGAAUGGGAGAAGCGUAGUGGACCGUCGAUCCCGAAAGAACCGCCGCACAGCGUUAAAAGGGAGGCUCUUCCGCCACCUCCGCCGCCGAUUCCAAGUUUAUAA